AUGCUAAAAUAUCUUCUUCCGUCUGGGAUUCGUGAUGACAUGAUGGCGAUGACAAAGAUCAUCCGUUCAAUAUGGAUAGACGAAAGGAUACCUGACUCGUGGAGACACGCUAUCAUAAUUCCCCUCCACAAGAAGUUACCCGUCACAGACCCUAUUCGAACACCGGCUGGAUGUACAACACCGUUUGAGGUGGUAACUGGAGUGAGACAAGGGGCAGUGGCAAGACCCUUCCUGUUCAAUUUUGCCAUCGACGACAUUAUGCGAAGAACAGUAGAUCAGUGUCCAGCCGAUAUCAUUCUACCACCAUCAAAACACCCCUUGACCGAUCUCGAGUGGGCCGACGAUGUUGUUAUAUUCGCGGAAAGCAGUACGAAACUUCAACAUGUUGUCAACCUUGUAUCGGAGCUGGCUGCAGCCUAUGGACUACGUCUACGCCCUGAUAAAUGCAAACAGAUGUGGAUCUCUUCGAGACCACGAACGGGAAUCAGGGUGGACGGACAACCGAUAGAACUCGUCGAUGAGUUCUGUUACCUGGGCUGCAUGCUGAAGAACAACGGCAGCUACGAGAGAGAUGUUCAGCAAAGAUGCGCUAAGGCCACUUCUGCAUUUAACUCCCUAACGAAAUACCUGUGGUCGACCCCAGUCACCAACGACGUCAAGCUGCGAGUCUACCUAUCCGCAAUUCGCCCCAUUAUGAUGUACGAAUCGGAGACUAUGGCAGCACCAUCAACGGUUAUGGAGAGGCUUGACUGCACGGAACGAAAGCUGAUUAGACUACUUGGCUCCUUUUGGCCUAGGGUAUGCCACAAUGAAGAUCUUUACGCAGAAAUUGAUGUGGUUUACCGGCGGAUGACACGUGGAAGAUAUCAACAUCUUGCACCGCCUUCGAAAGCGGCUAAAGUAAAUCGUCUUCGCUUCUUUGGUCAUAUAUCAAGGAGACCGGCAGAUCGCCUUGUCCAACGAGUUCUGAAGAGUUCGUCGGGUUCGAGCUGGAAGAAGCCACCUGGCCGAAAACGGAAUUUCUGGACUGAGGUGGUAAAAGAGGACUUGAGGACACUCGGCGUGGAUAGGCAGUUCAGGCGAGACGAGAUCGAGAAGGUUGGGCAGAGCUGUGUUCAAGGACGGCACACCUCGGCGAAGAUGCGGCUAACCGCGUCAGGCGAUGAAAUCAGCCCGCCGAUUAAGUCACGCGACAUGGAAUUGACAAUUGCUCAGCAGAAGGAAGAAGUUCAGAAAUGGGCGGAAAAAUAUGGGUUUUCGGAAAAGUUGCAAGAUUUCAACGAAAAAAUGGAGAAGAUGAACAGUGAAGCAAAAGAGAACGCCACAAACCUUAUCGCUGAACUCCCAGCUGCAAUGGAGAAAGGUUCUGCUCUUAUGGCCAAUAAGAAUCAAACCAUCCUUGAACUACAUUCUGCCGUAAAAACGCUCUACGCCGAAAACCCAAAACUAUAUCGAGUGCUGAUGUUCAUAAUCGGGCAGUUCAUGCCAUCGCACGAUCUAUAUGGAACACCUUUGACGAAAGAAGACGUCAUCACUUCACGGAUACAAACGUUGACUUCCACAGAUUUCAGCGAACUGAAGAUCGAUUUGGCUUCUUCGGAAAUAGAAACGGAAUGCGGUACCCUCAAUAGGGAAGCGGCAAUCGAUUCGGACACUUUGGACUAUAAACGCCACGUUAAUCCAAUAAAAUUGUCCAAGUAA